AAUUGCUGCCACCAACCUCAUUAAAGGUGGAAAGGGUGGAGGACACUGGUGUGUUGAUUUCUUGGCACCCACCUGAGGACGCAGCCGCCAGGCAACUCAUUGACGGCUACGCCGUAUCCCUCGACGGCUCUUACCGCAGGACAGAUUUUGUGGACCGAAGUCGUUCUGCCCACCAAUUGCGGGCACUAGCCUCCGGCAGAGCCUACAAUAUUUCUGUCUUUUCAGUCAAACGCAACGUGAACAACAAGAAUGAUAUCAGCAGGCCCGUCAUGCUCACCACACGCACUAGACCACGUCCGGUGGAAGGCUUUGAGAUCACGAACGUGACGGCCAGCGCCAUCACGGUGCAGUGGGCUCUCCACCGGCUCAAGCACUCCACCGUCAAGCCGGAGGCUCCGGUGAAGCUGGAGAACGUGGAGGUGUCCAGCCAGGGCAGUCUGGCACUGCAGCUGCACGAGGCGAAGAGCAAGAGUGAGGGGCAGAACUGUACCACAAACCCCUGCAGGAACGGCGGCACCUGCGCCAGGGACGCCGAGUCCUACCGCUGUGACUGCCGCCCGGGAUUCAAGGGCCGGCUCUGCGAGCUGGGUGAGUGCCGGAGGCCCGAGCACCCUGUGCCGCAGGUACAGGAGAGUCUACAAGGUACACCAGGACGUCUGCUACAAGGAGAGCUGCGAGAGCACCGCUUCCGAGAAGACAAGCAGCAGGGUUCAAAGCAGUAG